GCCUACUGUGCGGUCAAGGUCGUACGAGCUGUACAGAAAUAUCGCAAUGCUGCCCAGACAGAGAUCUCUCUCCUGCAGCAGCUCAGGGGUCAGCACGGGUGCGUGCGGCUGCUGCGGCACUUCGACUAUCAGGGCCACAUAUGUCUGGCGUUUGAACUCCUUGGACCGAAUGUUUACGAGAUCAUGCGCGCCAUGAAUUUUCGUCCCUUCAACUGCCAUGAGAUCAAGUUGAUCGCUCGGCAGGUCCUCGAGUCUCUUUGCCUCGUUCACGGUCUCGGCAUCAUUCACACAGACGUGAAGCCGGAGAACAUCCUCCUCCUCGAGCAGCUGCACAAGAAAGGUCUCCUUGCUCGCCAGGGCUUUCAGCUCCCCGAGCAUCAGCUUCGCGUCAAGCUGGUUGACUUCGGCUCUGCGAUCCACGACUCGUGGCAUCAUCCUUCCAUCAUCAGCACUCGCCACUACCGCGCUCCUGAAGUCCUCUUGAAUCUGGGGUGGAGCUUCCCCUGCGACUUGUGGUCUCUAGGCUGCAUCAUCUACGAGCUUUACACCGGAGCUGUGCUCUUCUCCUUCGUCGACAAGCACGAGCAUCUCCUCGCCGUCGAGAAAGUGCUCGGCAGGAUCCCGUGA